UCUAACCCGCUUUGUGUUGCUUUGCCUUUGACGGCGAUGGCUGCUGGAUUUACUGAGGGAACAACUAUUGUGUUUUGUGGAUUUCGUGGCUUGUCAGGUACCUGCACGUCCACUGGCUGUGUAUGGAUGACAUGGGCAGUAUAAAUGUGCAGAACCUCGUUAGGUUCAUUAGUCCUAUUAAAAGAAAUCAAUGCCUAAAUCUAUCGCACCCCCGCACGUGAGCUUGCACCUUCCUCCUGACUUCUCAUCCUUUGGAGACGCUUGCGUCGAGUCGGAUGCCACCGAUAAUGCCACCGACUCAAAAGACGACCAUACACUCGCUACGUUCAGUGAUACAUCACUUACCGAAGAUCAAAUACCUGGCCCAGCUACAGACAAGAUCAGUCGCCUUAACCGCUUGCGUUUGAAGGUCAAGCGCCCGUCAUUUUCCAAGAAUCGGUCGAGCGUCCAGUAUAGUCCAAAGAGUCCGGCUGGGAGAAUCUUUCUCUCAUCGGAGUCUUCACCAGCUCCUCCUUCAUCCUCAUCCUUUCUUAUCGAUACUCCGAAGAACUCCCUGCGAUCAGACAAGCGGCGCGCUGCUCAGCGUUCACAAUCAGACGCUAUUAUCGAGGUAGAAAUCCGAGCUUGUGCAGCUGACUCACAAGAGUCUAUCCCCAGUAGCUCGGGUGUUUCAUGCGACUACAAACCUGGGCAGUCGGUGAUCGUAAAGGAUGUUCCAUCCGUUGCCGAGGCAGUCACUGGAUGGAGGAAACUGCCUCCUAGAUUGCCAAUUCCGAAGUGGGACGUCGAUGAUUGAAUCCCCCUCCUGCAGAAUACUUAUCAGUUGUAUUAUAAGCAUGCUGUGUCACUUUAUUAAUAAGUACCCGACUCCAAAAUGCAAUGAAAGGUCCAGGGAUGAGUACAUCCUUAGCAAGAGGGGUCUUGUAUACUUGUCCAGACAAACACAAGGCCAGCUGCCACGAAUCAAACUUAACGC